UGUGUGAGCUGAAUCGUGAAUGAGGCAGAAAAAUACAGUCCACGCGGGCUCUGAUGCCCUUUCGUGGGUAAAGUCCAGCCGGAGCACACAGACACACACUCACAUUAGCGCAGCAGAGCGACGUGCGUAAACGGCCCAUUAUAUUGACAGGAUAACGAGAGCUGGAUUUGAGGGUGUCAAGAAACUCCGUUCGUCUGAGCGCGUUCAUUUACUGGAGUCACUCGCUAUUGUUGUGAAGGCAGAUCAGACGUGCGCGCGCGCUGCACUCUUGUACAGCAGCUGGAGGAGUUUGCGGACAGAGCUUUUUCACACUCCUCUGUCUUUCUUUUUCGUUGUCUUCAUUUAGAUUUGUUGUUAUAAACGUGUUCUUCGUGGACUGUUGUUUUCGGACAUGUGGAAGUGGUCUGUGAUGUGAAAACUGAUUUUCUUGGAUUUGUAUGCGCUUGGAUCGUGUGAUUCAUUUACUCGUCAACUUCUUCCGAUAAUGUUUCUCAACUCGCUAGACAGAUUAAUAGUCUGAGGAGCAGUGGGAGACUAAACUUUAAAUCAGCAACUGAUAUAUCUGGUGAAGGAUGCCCAUAGACAGACUCGCAGACAUGGAGGAGAAACUUCGCAUUUUGGAGGAUCUCAAUAUGAUAUACAUUCGUCAGAUUGCCCUGAGCUUAAAGGACAGUGACAUCCAGAAGAAGAUUGACUAUGAGAUACGUAUGCGCGAGGGUGCGUGUAAGCUGCUGGCUGCAUGCUCUCAGAGGGACCAAGCGCUGGAGGCCUCCAAGAGUCUCCUGACCUGCAAUGCUCGCAUCAUGGCCUACAUGUCAGAGCUGCAGCGCAUGAAGGAGGCGCAGGUCAUGCAACGGGUCGCACGCAGGUCUUCUGAUGCAGGACCAAUGGAUGACCGGUCCCCAUGUAAAGGCAAAGUAGCCAUUUCAGAUCUCCGGAUACCUCUAAUGUGGAAAGACACAGAGUAUUUUAAGAAUAAAGGAGAGCUGCACCGUUGUGCUGUGUUCUGCCUGCUGCAGCUGGGGGGAGAGAUCUUUGACACAGACAUGGUGAUGGUUGACAGGACACUGACAGACAUCUGCUUUGACAACACAAUCGUCUUUAAUGAAGCAGCCCCUGGGUUCGAGCUGCGGGUGGAGUUGUAUAGCUGUUGUUCAGAGGACGACUGUUCAGCAGGCAGCACACCGCGCAAACUGGCCAGCAAGCUGAGCUCGUCUCUGGGCAGGUCAGCAGGAAAGAAAAUGAGGGCGUCCUUAGAGCCUGGAGCCUGCAGUCCCACUAGCAAUGGAGGAGGAGCCACAAUCCUGCUGCCUGUGCCCUCUGUGCCGGGGCCCAAAUAUCAUCUUCUGGCUCACACGACCCUCAAUCUCUCCCAUGUUCAGGACAGCUUUCGUACACACGACCUCACCAUCACAGGAAACGAGGAGUGUUCGUACUGGCUGCCUCUGUAUGGCAGUGUAUGUUGUCGUCUGGCUGCUCAACCUCACUGUAUGACACAGCAGAUGAUGAGUGGCUGUCUGAGGGUAAAGCUCGGAGGUGAGCCACAGGGCUGGACGAACGUCUAUGGUGUUUUGAAAGGAACAAAUCUCUUCUGCUAUCAUCAAAAAGAGGACAUGGAGGCCAACGUCGAGCCUGUCUUAACUAUCGGCAUCAACAAAGAGACGAGAAUAAGAGCAGCAGAGAAGGACCCUCAGAGCAAAGCACAGAACAUCUGUAUCACUAACCAGUAUGGAGGAGAGGAGGUGACGCACACAUUAUCAGCCGACAGCAGAGAAGACACACAGCGCUGGAUGGAGGCUUUCUGGCAGCAGUUCUAUGAUAUGAGCCAGUGGAGGCAGUGCUGUGACGACCUGAUGAAGAUCGAGCUUCCUUCACCACGCAAACCUGCCAUAGUCACGCCAAAGCAGGGCUCUCUGUACCAUGAGAUGGUUAUUGACACCUCUGACGACAUCGGCACAGUCACAGACAUCCUCACUCGUCGUAUGGAAGAGUUUGAGCUGAGGACUCAACUCGGGUCUCCCCCUCACUGGAUGUCCUUAUUUGAAGAAGAUCCUCCCAGAUCCCCCCUCAACCAUCAACGUCUGCCGCCCCGCUCGCCCAGUCCCCACCUGCAUGGCCGACCGCCCCGCAGCCCUCGCCUGCUGUCCUCCAACGCCAGCCUGACCUCCGACAGUGACAGUCCCUCCAGCAUCAGCCCCUGUUUUCGUCAAGCGUGGUCUCCCGACUCAUCUUCUUCCUUGUCCAGCCGCUUCCGUCCACGAACCCUCUCUCUGGACGCCAAGCUAUCCACCCUGCGCGGCCGAGGCUAUGGUGGCUAUCGGUGCUCCUGUCAGCCUCCAGUCGCAGGCUCUGUGUCUCCCCGUCCCGCUCAGACAGGCCUGUCCUGCUCCAGCUCCACCUCCAGCAGCAGCUCCAGCGAGGGCAGCAACAGUCAAGAGUCAGAACUGGGUUUCUCCAGGCCGUCUAAUGCCAGGCGCAGCCUGAGGAACCUGAGGGCCAAGCUGGACCCCCGAAACUGGCUGCAGAGUCAGGUGUAGCAUCUAAAUCAACAUCAACUUCACCCUGGAGGAAACUGGAAAAGUUGCGGAGAGCAACAUGCGGAAUUCACUUUUUCUUCUGCCUUUUGAUGGAGCUUCAGCAAUGGGGAUUGUGCUUUAUUGGGUAUAAAAUAAGUUGUUAAUAUAUGAAGCAGUGCACAUAGUUUCUUUAUGUUCAGUGGUUUAGAUCUUUGGGGAUUGUGGUGUGGUGUUGUUUUGUGGUUCAGGUGUUUUUGGGUGGAUUGGAGAUCUUCCAGGUUUUGUGAGAUCUUCUGAUUGAACUUCUGGCCACUGUUCGUGUCUGUUGUUUCUAGAAGGUUCUGUCAGGCUCAAUUCUGCAGAGUGUUCAACACGUUAAGACUGGAGAAUACACAGACUUUCAUCAGUUGGAGGCUGGUGAGAUUUAGGAAGCAUUUUAUGUUCAGGAUGCAGUUAUUUAAUCUAAAAUGUGGAUCAAGAAUUCAUUCAUUAUAAUUCUUUUUCCUGUGAGAAUACAUGCAUUUUGAGCAUUAUCACACCAGUUUUCAGAGUCACACCAUCCUUCAGAGAUCAUUCUGAAAUGCUGAUUUGCUGCUCAUGAAGCAUGUUUUAUGGAUACUAAAAUGUGGAGUUUUGUUUUUUAAAUGAUGCUUGUUAUUUUUAUUUUUAGCUAAAUAAAAAGCUCAAUAGAAACACAAUAGAAAAUAUAAGUACUCCAAAGCUUUGAAAAGUAGUAUAUUUCAUGACCAAUAAGCUUCACAAAAAUUUACUACCAUUAAAUUUAAAGGAGUAGUUCAUGUAGAAAUGAAAUAAUUCUGUCAUCAUUUACUCACCAUCAUGUCUUUUCAAACCUGUAAGACAUUCUUUUUUUUAUUUCUGUCCAUCUCACAAGAAAACAUAAAUAAAUAAACAAGAUAGAUAUAAAUAGAUAGUAGAAUAGACACAAAAGCAUAAAUAAAAAUAUGGAUAGAUAGAUGAUAUAAUAGAAAUAUAAUAUAGCAAUCCAACCUGAUCUCACAUGUAAACCUAACAAUUUUACAUUUUGGUGAAUCUGAGACCAAUUUCAGGUUUAGUUAC